AUGACCUCCAAGGCUAUGCCGGAUAGGGUCUCCCAUACCGGACAGGCUCGGAGCGAGGGACCAGACGAAGAGCAGCACAAGGAGGGGCUCUCCGUUGCGUCUGACGCCACCGUCGGAGGAGAUUUCGCCAACUCCUCGUUCCGCAACCAGCGACUCACUUCAACGACCCUUCUGGUGGCUCCAGUUGGAGAUGUUGUGUGGGUAUUUGGAAAGGAGGAUGGCCCUUUGACAUCAACCACAGUAGGGAGUUUAGAGGAGGUAGGCGGUAUAUCCGCGUCAGAUUCUGGCUCUGAAAUGAGCCUGGAAUUGGAAAAAAGCGUAGCUAGCAACGCUAGCUUCGCCAGUAUGGGUAGCGGAGAGGCCCAGAGAGUGCGCAAGAAGCGCACUCGCGCACUCGGAUGCAGACGCCGAAGCAGA